UGACCACCCUCUUGAAUUUCCAUCAGUUCUCUUGUCCUGGUUUGCUACACAAUACCCCAGUAUGGACAUCUUCAAGCUGUCUUCCAACGGCAGUCUAUUUGACAAUGGCACUCGAUUCAGUGAGCACUUGUCGAAGUAUAACGGUAGUCUCGCUUUCCUCUCCACUGGAGAACAGACGGUCACUAGCCAGCUUGUUCGCUACUCUAUUCUCUUUUGGGUCGCCUACUCUGGUCUACGCUGCAUCUACAAUGUUUUUUUCCACCCUCUUCGCAAAAUCCCUGGCCCAUUGAUGGCUGCCAUGACGCCCUUCCCUGAUUUCUGGUACGAUGCUGUGAAGAGGGGAAAUUAUAUUUGGGAGAUUCAAAAGAUGCACAAGAAAUACGGCCCAAUCGUACGCAUCAACCCAAACGAAGUCCACAUCGACGACCCUUCAUAUUAUCAGAAUGUUUAUGUUGGCGGAACCCACAAGGUCAACAAAGAUUCCUCCACCGUUGCAGGAUUUGGUGUACCCGAGUCUGUAGCCGCAACCGUAGCCCACAGCUUGCACCGCUCUCGACGUGGCUAUAUGAACCCGUACUUUUCGAAACGGUCUAUUGUAGGGAUGGAACCUCUUCUCCACGAGCGAAUCACAACCCUGCUAGGUCGAUUGAACGGCGCUCAUCGCGCGGGAACGAAGAUAUCCCUUGAUAAAGCAUUCUCCGCCAUGACAGCCGACAUCAUCACGCAGCGCUUUUUUGGCUAUCAUUACGACUAUCUCAGCGUGCCCGAUCUAGUCUUUCCCAUCAGAGAGGCUUUCCAGGGUGUAUCGGAGAUCUUCCACUGGACUCGAUUCGUGCCAUGGGCCAUCAAAUACCUGAAGAUGUUGCCUAUUCCUGUCAUCCGUAUGAUCCUUCCAUCGCUCGGUACUUUGCUGGUAUUGCAACAAGAAAUUGAGACCAAGAUCGACGAGCUUCGCGGGAGUAAGCAAGGCGAGAACCAAAAGUCUGUCAUCAUGCAAGCUCUUAGUGAUGAGUCGAUUCCGAAGUCGGAGCGGUCCAUGCAGCGCCUAUUAGAUGAAGGCCAGGUGAUCAUCUUCGCUGGAACCGAAACAUCAUCGCGCGCCCUCUCUGUCGGCAUGUUCUAUCUUUUGUCUGAUAAGUCGAUGGUUGACAAAUUGCGCGCUGAGCUAACACAGGUCGCUCAUAUUCCUGAGACUGAGUUGACGGCUGCGAAUCUCGAGCCCCUGCCUUAUCUUACUGGCGUAGUAAAAGAAUCAAUUCGACUUUCAUACGGACCGCUCACCCGCCUUCCCCGUGUUUUCGUCGAAGAAACGCUACAGUACGGCAAAUACUCGAUCCCGCCAGGUACACCCAUAAGCCAGUCCACAUAUUUCGUGCACAACAACCCAGAAAUCUUCACAGAUCCCCUCAAAUUCAAGCCAGAGCGAUGGGUUGAGGCCGCAGAGAAAGGUUUCCCUCUCAAUAACUACCUCACCAGCUUCACUAAAGGCUCCCGGCAAUGUCUGGGCAUUGGAUUGGCACACGCGGAGAUGUAUCUCACGAUUGCUCGUGUGAUCAUGAACGUUGACAUGGAGCUUACCAACACAACUGCGGACGAUGUUUCUAUCGACAGUGUGCUCAUUAUUGGGCAGCCUAAGCAUGAUCCGACGAGGGGUCCAGGUCAAGGCGAGGUUGAAGUAAUGGUCACUCGGAAGCUGUAGGGUUGAGACUGUUGGGAAGACGUGGGCCUUAUACUAUCCCUAUGUUGAAGCAUAUUGAAAGGUGCGAAGAAUAUGGCCAUGUUACUAAAGGCCAUGUAUCUUAGAUUGAGACAAUACGACAUCAUGUUUCCCUGCC